UUGUCCACAAGAUGGCGCUGAAACUCGCACCGAACCAUUCAUUUACAUUUGUCGCGCUUGUCACUCCUCACCAUUCAGUCUCAGACUGCUUCAAGCAUCCAACAGCUCGCAUCAGGCGAUACUCAGAGGCGAUGACACUGCCAGACUCUUUCAUCCAGCGCCAGCAGCUGGAUGCCAGCAUGGCCGACACCUUCCUGGAGCAUCUCUGUCUGCUGGACAUCGACCAGGAGCCAAUCACAGCACGCAACACCAGCAUAAUCUGCACCAUCGGUCCUGCAUCCCGAUCCAUCCCCAAACUCCAGGAAAUGGUCAAAGGAGGGAUGAACAUUGCUCGUUUGAAUUUUUCUCAUGGUUCACAUGAGUACCACGGUGAAACCAUCAAGAACAUCCGGGAGGCAGUGGAGACGAUAACCUCUGACCCCUUGUACUAUCGACCGGUUGCCAUCGCCUUGGAUACGAAGGGUCCGGAGAUCCGCACUGGAUUAGUGAAAGGAAAAGUAGAGGAGGAGGUGGAGUUGGAAAAGGGCAGCCAUGUCCGUGUGGUAACAGCAGAGAGUGACAAAGACAAGACAGACGGAAAAGUUGUCUGGGUGGACUAUCCUCACCUGCCCAAAGUCCUGAAGAAGGGAGCCAAGAUCUACAUCGAUGAUGGCCUCAUUGGACUCAAAGUGCUAGAAAUAGGCUCUGACUGGGUGGAUACGGUGGUGGAGGCCGGGGGCGUAUUGUGCAGUCGCAAAGGUGUCAACCUGCCCGGCUGCGACCUGAUUGGCCUGCAGGCGGUCAGCGAGAGAGAUGAGGCUGACCUGAGGUUUGGGGUGGCCCAAGGCAUAGACAUAGUGUUUGCCAGCUUCAUUCGCUCGGCCCAGGACGUCAAGGAUGUACGACGAGCUCUGGGGGCGCAUGGGCGAGAUAUCAAAGUGAUCAGCAAAGUGGAAAGCCGGCAAGGGGUUCAGAAUUUUGAGGAGAUCCUGGCUGAGAGCGAUGGCGUGAUGGUUGCCAGGGGCGACCUGGGGAUUGAGAUCCCUGCGGAGAAAGUCUUCAUCGCCCAGAAGAUGAUGAUUGGACGCUGCAACUCUGCCGGCAAGCCUGUCAUCUGUGCCACGCAGAUGCUGGAGAGCAUGGUGGCCCACCCACGGCCAACCAGAGCGGAGAGCAGUGACGUCGCCAACGCUGUGCUGGAUGGAGCCGACUGUGUAAUGUUAUCCGGGGAGACCGCCAAGGGACUGUUUCCUUUAGAGGCAGUCGCAAUGAUGCACUCGAUCUGCAGGGAGGCAGAGGCGGCUAUUUUCCACCAGCAAUUGUUUGAGGAGUUGCGUCGCCUCACUCCUCUAUCCUCUGACCCCACAGAGGUCACUGCUAUCGGAGCUGUAGAGUCCUCCUUCAAAUGCUGUGCUGGGGCCAUCAUAGUCCUCACUACCAGUGGCAGGUCAGCACAUCUCCUGUCCAGGUACCGACCUCGCUGUCCCAUCAUCGCAGUCACCAGAACUCCUCAGGUGGCCCGACAGUCCCAGCUGUUACGAGGAGUGUUUCCUGUCCUCUUCCACCCUCUGCCUGCUCCCGUCUGGGCCGAUGAUGUCGACAACAGGGUCAACUUCGGCAUGGACAUAGGGAAAGCAAGAGGAUUCUUCAAGACGGGCGACAUGGUGAUUGUGGUGACAGGAUGGAUCCCUGGGUGUGGUCACACUAACAUCAUGAGGGCAGUCAAUGUCCCGUAACAACCUGAUACUACUGGACUCUAAAUCUGUCUGACCCACCAGUGUUAGAGCCUCUGAUUCUUCAAACAACUUCACACCCAACGUUGCUGCUAAUCAGUGAAAUAUCUGAAAUAAUAUCUGAAUGUCAUGAAAACCUGAGAACGAGCCCUUUAAAUAAGCAAGUUUCUAACAGUAAUAGUAAGGAAAUACUUGCCACUAAAACUGUUCUCAUGGAUUUUGAAUUUGUAUUUGACAUGUUUUGAAAGCAAUGACUCCUUCCCAAUAAAACUUGAACCACUGACUUUAA